GUGCUUAGGUGACUCUGGCGUCAGCAUAAGGGAGCAGUCUGCCGGUGCAGGGGAGGCACGCCUCCCCGUGGAUUCGCGUGUAGCCCGAGGCGGAGGCGGAGGCAGGCUGCACGGCGCUGCGGUUAAUUACAGCAGCUCUCAGCGAGCACACCCGCGGUACACGAUCGCGGGACAGCGAUGCAUCUGAGUACCGGGGAACAACCGGGGCACCAGAGAGGCAAAGCGGCCGGGUCCGAAGAAGAGAGAAGCGUGCCUGCGAAAGACACGCACAGACAGGGGAGGAGGAAGAGGGGGGGGGGGGAGGAGGAGGAGAAGGGCAAUUUGAACCUGACAAAGCAGAGUGAAGAUGUGUGAUUCAAUAAGGACACUCGGGACAGGCUCUUUAUAAAUCAAUUUUUGUAUUAUUAUUAUUUUUUUUUGUAUAAGCGAUUGCAACUGUCUAGCAGCCCGCUCUCACACGCACUGUUUAUUUAUUUUCUUAGAAAACUGUUGCAAAACCGUCUAUAGCGUUAGAGAUAUUAUAAACUACUUAAAAUAUAUAAACAACACCUAUCGGGUUUCCGUGCACCGCUGGGCAAGGCAACGAGAAUGCGCGUCUUCCGCCGGCCGCUCCGUAGAGAGAAGCCGAGAACGGGCGAUUUGUUCUCUGGGGAGGAUUCUGCGGUUCUGCCCGCUCCGGAACCCUGGGGUUCGGUAACACAACGCCGGAUUGCAUGCAUUGUUAACCAGCUGGAAGCAGUGUGAUGCAGGGAGUGACGGUAACCGGGGAGGCUCCGAUGCUCAGCCAGCCAGGACGAGAAGAGCAGAGACGGGUCGAGCAGUCCCUGAGCGGCUCCCUGUGCCGCGAGUCCCACUGGAAGUGCCUGAUCCUGUCCCUGCUCAUGUACGGCUGCUUUGCGGCUCUGGGCUGGUGCGGGCUGUCCCGGGUCCCGGCCUCGGCUUACCCUGACGGGGUCCCUUCGCUCUCCCUCGACAGCCCCUGCUCCAGCGGCUACAUCUACAUCCCCCUGGCCUUCCUCGGCAUGCUCUACGUGGUCUACCUGGUGGAGUGCUGGAACUGCUACUCCAAGAGCUCCGGGCUGCAGCGGGCGGAGAUCAGCGGGGUGUACGACAGGGUCCAGCGCAUGCAGCAGUCCACGCCCUGCAUCUGGUGGAAGGCAAUCAGCUACCACUACAUCAGGAGGACCCGGCAGGUGACACGCUACCGCAACGGGGACGCCUACACCACCACGCAGGUCUACCACGAGCGCGUCAACACCCACGCCUCCAGCGCUGAGUUCGACUACUCCCAGCACGGGGUGAAGGACGUCUCCAAAGAGCUGCUGGGCCUGUCCGACUACCCUGCCACCCGCCUCCGAUUCACCAAGUGCUUCAGCUUCGCCGACUCGGAGGCAGAGACGGCGUACCUGACCCAGCGGGCGCGCUUCUUCAGCGACAACGAAGGGCUGGACGACUACAUGGAGGCGCGGGAGGGGAUGCAUUUGAAGAACGUGGAUUUCAAAGAGCACAUGAUCGCUUUUCCGGACCCUCUCCGGCCGCCCUGGUACGCCCGGCGGGGGGUCUUCUGGGCGGCCUCCCUCCUCGCCCUGUCCUGGCCGCUCAGGGUCGUCGCCGACUACCGCACCGCCUUCGUGCACUACCACGUGGAGAAGCUGUUUGGGCUGGACCGCGGGGUCCUGACCCCGGAGGAGGCGGGCUAUCCCGGGGGCAGGAUUCCCCGAGUCAACACGGUCGACCUGACCGAGGUGGAGUGGCACAUUCGCUCCAACCAGCAGGUGGUGCCCAGUUAUUCGGAGGCUCUCCUGAUGGACGGGACGGUGGCCAGCGCAGGGUACCCGGCCUACAUGCAGAGCUGCCAGCGGUGCAGGCGGUCCGUCAGCAGCUCCUCGCUCCCGCCCCGGGCCCCGUCCCGCCUCCCGUUCAGCAGGAGCCGCUUCUCCCUGGGCAGGCUCCAGCCCUCCCGCCGGGCCUGCGUGUUCCGCAGCUUCAGCGGCCAGCUGGACGAGAGCAGCCCGUCGGACGGGACCCCCGAGGACCAGCUGCCCCUGCCCCCCCCCUACCAGGAUGCCCUGUACUUCCCAGUGCUGAUCGUGCACGGCGAUGAGAGCUGUCACCGAGACCCGACCCCCCCUCCGCAAUGGGACCCCUCCCUGCUGUGACCCUCAGAGUGGAUUUACUGUGGAGUGUGAUUGCUCAAACUCCUGGCUCCUGAUCACUUCAAUAUUAAUAACAAUAGACUUCAUUGAGGGGAGCUCUGAACCCCA